AUGCUACACUUUCAGAGAAUUGUGCAAAAUAAACCACAAACUAGUGCUGGUGCAGCUGCAAGCAUGAUUACCAAAGAAAAUAGUGCAAUCACUUUAUUAGCAACAGCACAGAUUCAAGCGGAUUCUGCAAGUGGUGAAAAGGUUUUGUUAAGAGCGCUGCUAGAUCAAGGUUCACAGAGGACAUCAAUUUCAGAGGAAGCAGCACAAAUAUUAAGGUUACAUAGAACUAAAUCAAGAACGGAUCUGAUUGGACUAGGAAAUACAUUAGUAGGAACAUCAAAAUCAACAGUAGAACUCGUAAUUCGUCCAAGAUUUAAAAGCAAUAACAGUUACAAAAUUAAAGCUAUGGUUCUUAGCAAGCUAACAUCAGCACAACCUAAUAAUUCGUUUAAUGAAGAUUUAAAAAAAUGGGACAAUUAUUGUUUAGCUGAUCCUAUGUUUAAUAAAUCUGACCGGAUAGAUAUAGUGCUGGGAGCAGAUAUCCUUACCGAGAUAUUGCAGCCGGGUUUGAGAAAAUGGGGUAAAAUCUUAGGUCAAGAAACUUCCCUUGGUUGGAUAUUAUCUGGAGUUAUCAACACAAACAAUACAGUCAAAACUAUAAUAUCAGCAGUUACUUCAAACAUUGAGAGAUUUUGGGAAAUUGAAGAAGUUUGUGAAGCAUCUGAAAUAAAUGAAACUGAUAAAGAAUGUGAAAACUGGUUUAAAUCAACAACAACGCUAAAUAAGGAAAACAGAUUUAUCGUAAAAUUACCAUUUAAAAAAGAAAACGAACUAGGAGACUCUAGGAAAAUGGCUAUGGCCAGGCUUUUGUGUUUGGAAAAAAGAUUUAAAAGAAACUCUAAGCUAAAAAAAGAAUAUAUCAAGUUCAUGAAGGAAUAUAUGGAAAUGGGUCACAUGCAGAAAGUUUCUAAAAUGAUAUUUGGUAAAUUUUAUAUGCCUCAUCAAGCUGUAAUAAGAGAUGACCAUUCAACAACAAAAGUUCGGGUAGUAUUUGAUGCUUCAGCAAAAACUACUAACGGAAAAAGCUUGAAUGAAAUACUACACACUGGACCUAAGCUAUAG